CUGCCUGACGUAAAUCAGAGUGCCGUAUUGCAGUUGGUGUUGUGUACAGCUGAAGAGACAGCAGAAUGUGGAUCAUCAAAUUAAAUAGUUUAGCCGCUGUAUUAUUUUUUGUAGGACCGUAUAGCACAUUUGCUCUUCAGGAUGUAACUGUCGACCUUUUCGGUGCCGAAAAUUACGGGACGGUGGCAGCGUUCGGGGAUUUUAACUCGGAUAAACAGACAGACAUCUUCAUCAUCAGAGAACAGUCUCAGUUGGUGAUUUUCUUGGCUGACCCGAAAACCCCUUACUUCAAACCCAAAAUCAAUAUCACAAAAGACCUUUUGCCAAGGGACACCAUCAUCACCAGUGUGGUCCCUGGAGAUUAUGAUGGCGACUCACAGAUGGAUGUCCUUCUUACAGCUCAGACCAGCCCCACAAUAACAACAGUUUUCAUCUUCUGGGGGAACAACCGGACAUUAGAUAUGAGUGGUUGGAUGACUCUGAACAAGACCUUCACAGAUCAACCUCUUGUUAUGGAUUUCAAUGGGGACAUGGUUCCAGAUAUUUUUGGAUCCACCAGCCAGGGAUCUACUGAAGUUUGCUAUCUCACCAAAAGGGUCCAAGAUUGGCGGAAUGCACUGAGUUCACCUGUCAAAAUGCGUCUCCCUCACUCUAAUGCUUUCAUUGACCUCAGCAAGGACUUCACCGCUGAUUUAUUCCUGACAACUGAAGGCCCAGCAUUUGAAACUUGGCUCAGCAGGGACGGGAAUUUCACCAGAGUUGAAGUCAUGCCAGCACAUCCGCCGGUCAGCACUGUUGGACAAUCCUCCUUUGUCGACUUUGAUGGUGAUGGCUACCAGGACCACCUUCUCCCCGUGUGUUUGGAGAAGACCUGUCAACACAGUGCCAUCUACUUGGCCAAGUCCGGCUCACAAGAGUGGGUACCAGUACUGAUGGAUUUCCAGCAGAGGGACACAACUUGGAGCUUUGUACUUGGGAAACCCAACCAACCUCUGACCCUGCACCUUGGUGACUACAACUUGGAUGGCUUCCCUGAUGCUCUAGUGAUCCUCCGCAACACCAGUGGCAGUGGUCAGCAGGCCUUCUUAUUGGAGAACGUUCCCUGCACAAACAUCAGCUGCCACAGCGUCGGAAGGAUGUUCCACAUCCACUGGGACCAGUCAGAUUUGGGAGCCAUCCAAAAUGCCGUUAUGGCAACGUUCUUUGACAUCUAUGAGGAUGGUAUAUUAGACAUGCUGGUUCUGAGCCAGGCACCAGGCAAAAAUGAUUUGAUCAUCCAUGCUUUAAAGAACAAUUUCGAAGCUGAUGCCUACUUCGUUAAAGUGAUGGUGCUCAGCGGCCUCUGCUCCAAUAACUGCCCGGAAGACGUGAACGCCUUUGGUGUAAACCAGCCAGGUCCCUAUGUCAUGUACACCACUAUGGACUCCAAUGGCUAUAUGAAAAACGCCUCAGCCGGUCAGUUGAGCCAGUCGGCCCACUUCUCCCUCCAACUGCCUUACACUGUGCUGGGGCUCGGACGCAGCGCCAACUUCCUGGACCACCUUUUUGUUGGCAUCCCCCGGCAGCCUGGAGAGACGGACAUAAGGAAGAAGGAGUGGACGGCCAUCAUUCCCAACUCUCAGCUUAUCGUCAUCCCGUUCCCACACAACCAGCCUCACAGUUGGACUGCUAAACUGUACCUGACUCCAAGCAACAGUGUGUUGCUGACGGCCAUCGCGCUGAUCGGAGUGUGUGUCUUCAUCCUUGUCAUUAUUGGCAUCCUCCAUUGGAAAGAGAAGAAAGCAGACGACCGAGAGAAGAGACAGGAAGCCCACCGUUUCCACUUUGACGCCAUGUGAAGGCAGAAAGAAAGAACUGCAUCAUGGGAGAACAUCCCAACCUGUGCUCCUUUGCCUAACCCCACCCCCCCACUCCUCUUCUUCACACACACUUUUUUUUUUAACACGGAAUCGUUUCAAGGGCCAAUAAGUGGAUCCUCAUUUGCACCAAAAAAAAUUCUUUUUCUUUUUUGAUAUUUUGCAGUUCUUACAGUAAGUCGGGUGUGAAAAAUGUAUAUAUAUAUGUAUUCAUCAUUCCAGAGUUAGAAUUACAGGAGCUGCAACAAGGCCAUUGAGACGGAGAGAGAAAGCCUGAUGAAGAUCACUGGGACUUAAAAGUUUCUUUGUAUUGGCUGUAGAUUUCUGUUGAAAUGCCCAUCACUUUGCUCACAGUGAAACUUGAAAUCUGUGAGAAUGUAUUAAUGUUAAUGUCCAUUGUCUUUGUCCUGUUGAUUCUUUUUUUUUUUUUGAAAAGAAAUCCUUCAGAUUUUAUUACUUGAAGGGAAUUCUGUGAUAUCGAUCUCAUCCUGGUUCGAAGUGAUCAAACUUUUUCUUUUUCUUUUCCACUUGCAAACCUCGCCAAACGAUAAAUGGCUGUCAUGUUUUCAGAGAGCACUUGAUUGUAUCACAGUCAACAUAGAAGUGCCAAAAAGGAGUUUUUAUGUUGCAUCUUGUAAAUGUCUAAAAUUGCCGUGCCACACUUACCGCGUGGCUGCGUCACUUGUGUGCAUGUGCACACAAGCCUGUGGUUCCAUUCAUACUCAAACAAAGGUCUACGUCAGUGAAGUGUUAUAAUCGCAUGCAUUUAGCUGCAAUUUCUCACCGGGAAAUCACCCUCAUUUGAGUUUUACACGUGUGGGUAGCGGCGGACUUCCUCAUAUAACCUCAAGCAAGUUUCCAUAGUUACCAACUUCUUUGUUAUCUCUUAUGACCAAGAUAAGAGCAGACCACCAACAGGACUGGAAAGUGUUUUGGUGCAGGGAGCGUGCACCGUCGGCACAUAAGGGCCAACGUGGAGCUCUACACGGACACAGAAGUUUGACCUGAUGCGACUGCGACUGCUGCUCCACCAAGGCUCGGACAAGAGUCUGAACACUGUUGUUUCGAGAUGUCUGUUUUAAUAUUUGAUGUUUUUGUUUUGAAGUUAUUCAGGCCAAGUGCUCUGCUGUGUCCACAUAUUUCAUAACAAUGAGCUCAUGCUUUUCCAGAUGGUUUGCACUUUUUAAAAAAAGUUGUGAUUUAACAGUUUGUGUGUGUGCGUGCGUAAUUUAUUCUGUGUUGUGAAUGCUGAAGCUAACAAACGUGUCUUGAAUAAAAGUUGAAAUUGA